AUGUCAUCAACUACACGCAUUUUUUCAUUUGGUCUUGGCCAUUCACCUUCUCGUUCUCUAGUCAAAGGCCUUGCUCGUGCCACAAAUGGUCAUUUUAUUUUUAUUCCUCCUUAUUCCAGAGUCGACUCGUACAUAGGUAUUCAACUUAGUAGAGCCCUUCAACCGUCAUUUGUGAAUAGUCAAUUGCAAUGGUCUGGCUUGUGGCCAAGUGGUUCCCAAGCACCAAGAACUAUUCCUCCAGUUUAUCAAAAUGAUCGUGUACUUGUCUAUACUCUAUUCGAUACUUUCCAAUUCACUGGACAAUCUGCACUGGUGGACUAUACAACUGAAAAUGGUCGAAUUGGUAGGGGAUCAUUAAAUCGUAAUGAUGUACAUAAAGGAGAUAUGAUUCGUCGAUUGGCAGCUAAAGCAUUAAUACAAGAAUUGCAGCAUAGGGGAAGCGUGGAUCACGUUUAUGAUGGUAUGACAGUCAAACAGCGUAUUAUCGCACUUUCGUUGACUCAUCAAAUAUUGUCACCAUAUACGGCCUUCGUUGGUGUUGAAACAACACGUUCGAAAACAAGUAGCACUGUGCAAGUUCGACCUGUGCCCAUUCAAACAUCUAAAGAUGACGAACAUCUUCCAUCUCAGAAUGGAUUUUCUUCUACUCAGUCACCACAAUUUAUUCCACAAGGAGCAGGUUGGCUGCCGCCGGUUGCUGCUCUGCCAACCCAUGUUCCUCCGCCAAGCCAAGCUUUUGCCUACCCAGACAUGCUUCCACCAGUGCUGAUGUCGCAAGGCACAGGAGCAAAAGGAGAGUCAGGGAUGGCACAAAAAGGGGAGCUAGGAAUGGCACACAAAGGAGAGCGAUGGGGGUUUCAAUAUGCGCCGCAAGAGAUGGGACAAAAAGGAGAUCGAGGGAUGGGACAAAAAGGAGAUCGAGGGAUGGGACAAAAAGGAGAUCGAUGGAUGGGACAACAAGGAGAUCGAGGGAUGGGACAAAAAGGAGAUUACGGGAUGGUACAAUAUGGGGAUUUUCAAGAUGUUACUGAAGCAUAUGCGGUUAUGAGACGACCAGAUGCCAUUAAGCCGGUACUAAAGUCCACAACACAGCCAAGCUCUCCUUCCACCACUACAAGUUUUGAUUCGACAACCGAUGAAAAUAAACCAUCGCCAGUUGCCGAUCCCAGAAAACCCUCUGCUAACACUGAUUCUGUUCGCUGGUUGAUCGAUCAGCAAUCAUUCAACGGUGCAUGGAUUUUAACCGAUGAUCAAGUACAACAAUUGACGGGAGGCAAAUCAUGGACCUAUUUCAAAUCAAAAGCCAAUCAAGAUAAAGAUGUUAUUACAACAGCACUAGCUAUCGCUCUGCUAGAAUCGCAACAUGUCAAACAAAAGAAUCUCUGGUUUAUGGUUGCUGAUAAGGGUCGUCGACGACUGUUGGACUUUGGACUCAACAAGAACGAAAUCGAUUUACUCAUCAACGAAAUCAGAAGCAAACUUUAA